CGCGUACCCGGAUAAAUUCAUUGUCAACGAUUCAUUAGUGUUAGGAAGAAAAUUAACGCGGAAAAAGUAUUGUUAAUCCGCCGCGCCUCGUUCCCUCUUCGCGCCCGUUGUGCCGCUCUCGAAUAAAACCGUUCUCACAAUGGCUAAUCAUUUAAUAGUAAUUUAAUAAGUGAUUGUAUAAUUUAGUGGUUCCAUCGAAGAGGAUUAUUAUUUAUCCCGAAAUUAUUCCGAAGAAAUUGGAAAUUGAUCGAGGUGAAAGGUGGCUCUACCUUCGGUUACUCAAUAAAAAAACAAUUAGAUUCCGUUCGUAGAUCGAGCGUAAUUCAUCGUUAAUUUACAUCAAUUUACGCACUUUAACGUUGUAUCUAAUUUUGUAUUCUAAUUUCGAGUAAAAUGAUUGAAAUGGCGUAAAAUGAUCACGCGUCACGGUCCAUCGGGAAUCUGAUUGAAACGAGAUUGAUAAACGAGGAUCGUUAAUCUCUCUUGACUCUACUGGCUCGCGAAUAUUUAAUACACAACUCGCUUUAAAUUAUUAUUCGUUUGCCACAAUUAUUACAUAUAUAUAUAAUGUAUAUAACAUACAACUAAAUGACCGAACGUUUGAUCGUUUCAAUUAAGCGAAACUUUUUUUUAUUGCUUCACGCUUCGUUCCAAGGCUCCGGUUAGCUUUUUAUGGGCCUAGACAACGGUUCGAACCGAAUAACGGUUGAAGAAAAAAAACGUUUGACAAGACAAAUAUGAGUAAUGCAACAGUAGAUAACAAGCAAGAACCGGAUUUUUAAAAGAGGGACAUCACAAUCACUUGCCCUCGAUUUCUUCGCUCCUCUCCACGAGAAUAAUCAACAGUGCGAUUCAUUCUAAUUAGAAAAAUGGUCGAUAAAUUGGAAUGGUUAAAUAACGAAUUCGUGCAAAGGAUCCUCCAGUACAACGAGUACGACACCAGCAUCAAUGUAACGAAUAUAUCGGUGAAACCGGCGACCAGCAAAGGUGACAAUUAUGCCAGCGAUAUGUAUAGGGUGACCGUGAAAUACACGCAGAAGGAGGGCAAGACCAGGGUCAAUAAGGAGACGUCGAUUGUGUGCAAGUUCGAGCCGUUGGAGGAGGACUUACGAAAGGAAGCGAUCAUGUCAAUGGGUAUCUUCGAGAACGAAAUCUUCAUGAUGUCGAAUUCCCUACGAAAGAUGCAAAAAAUGUUGGGCACUCGGCUGGGAGCAAAUGUACUUUACUUUAGAAUGGAACGGCCGAUUUGUUUGAUAUUAGAAGACCUUUCUCGUCUAGGAUUUCGUAUGGCCGAUCGUUUCCGUGGUUUAGAUUUCGAUCAUUCCAAGCUAACUCUUCAAAGCUUAGGCAAAUUUCACGCAGCGUCGGUCGCACUGUGCGAAAAGGAACCCAAGCUAAAGACUCUAUACCAAAAAGGGAUACUGUACGAAGGAAUGCCGACCGAAUUCAAAGUCUUCUUCGUCUCCGCGAUUAAAGCUCUUGGAGAUGAUUUGGCAAAUUGGCCGCAAGACGUGAAAAGGUAUCAGAAUAAAGUUAAGAAAUUCGCCGAAGUUGUUUACGAUCGUGGUUUAGCGGCAUUGCAACGAAACGACGACGAGUUCAACGUUAUUAAUCACGGUGAUUCCUGGACGAACAAUAUGAUGUAUCGAUACGAUGAGAAUUCAAAGCCUAUCCAGCACGUGUUUGUGGAUUUCCAAAUGUCUAUCUACACUUCACCGGCGAUCGACCUGCUCUACUUUUUAAACGCGACCGUCCAAAACGAAGUGAAUGCCGAGAGUCUGAUCGAGGAAUACGUAAAUACGUUGACCACCACCAUGAAGAGGCUAGGUUGCAAAACGACACCACCUACGAUAAAAGAUAUAAAAAAAUAUAUGAGAGAAAGGAUAGCGUGGGGGAUGUUGGCCGCGACUACCGUAUUACCGUUCACCCUGAUGGAUAAAUCCCAGGUGGUGAGUAUCGACGAACUGAUCAAGAAAAACGACACGUUUGAUUAUCCCGGGACCAAGAAUCCGAUGUAUCGGAAGGUAAUGGCCGAGAGAUUAGCGAAAUUCGAGGAAGCAGGCGUGUUUGAUUAAUUCGAUAUGGAUUAAAAGAGUUGUGCUGUUUAAAACUAAUUUCAAGAAAGAAUCAAUCGUAUACGAUGCAACAAUUCUCUCUCGUAAAUGAUAUAUACGCUCUCGUAACGAUAUACUACGAAAAUAUUUAAAUUUAAUUAAUAAGAUACGUUGAUACGUAACGCGAGAAAACGUUUCACGAUCUAUUAUCUUACGAAUUCGUUGAUUAUUCUCUUCUCUUUGUAAAUUAAAUUUGAUAAUUGCAUAUAUUUAUUUCACAUCGUUUACAUGAAAACAAUACUCUAGAAAUUAUAUGCUAUACUCUUCGGAGUAAUCUUCGUAUCGAAUGAGAGCAAAAGAUGAAACAAGAGAAAGAGAGAGAGAGAGGUUCAACUAACCGCGCACAAUAAUUUUGAAUAUAUUCAACAUUAUAGAAUUACACGUAGCGUAAUUACCGAUUAAUCAAACGAUUAAUUAGAACAAAAUAAUUUCGAUUCGCUAACGAGGUUAUAGGUUAUUUCUUAUAAUUUAAUCGAAUUUCGAUGUAUAAUACUUUAGCUAGAAACUCACGAAACCAAAGUUCAAUAUGUUUCGUAGGCGGCGUAGAGAGUAAAAAUCUUAGAUUUAAUAUCCACGUGUAUGUUUGUUCACGCAUAUCACGAAUAUAUUUUAUAUUCACGUUCUUCGCCUACCAGACGUCCACCAAUCGAUGGUACAAAUUUAGCAAAUUAUUAUAUAUAUUGUAUAUUAUAAGAACCAUUUAUAAUUAACAAGGUAUUAACACCCAAGAUCCAUGUGAUUGAUAACCAAUUUUCGUUACUUGUAUUUACUAAUUUUCAACGUAAAAAAUAAAUUUAUUUCUUACGUAGACAAUUGUUCUCGCAAGUAUUGUAUUGUUAAAUAUGAAAAGAAACGAGGAAAACAAAAAAAAAAAAAAGAAGAAAAAAAAAAAAGAAUAACGAAUAAAAGACGAACGAACAAAGCACAAA